AUUGUACGAGAAGACGGCAAGGCCCCAACACAAUUUAUGAGUGGCUACCGCACUGGCAUCGGCCGUGGGCAGUGCUCAGUUUAUAGAGCACUGGAAUUGAACACCAGGACGAUAGUGGCAGUCAAGCGGAUCCGACUCGAGGGCUUGAAGGAGGACGAGAUUUCCCAGCUCAUGAGGGAGGUCGACCUCAUCAGGUACCUCUCGCAUCCGAGCAUUGUCCAGUACGAGGGCAUGUCCCGGGACGACACUUGGCUCAACAUUGUUCUCGAGAAUGUUCUCGAGUAUGUGGAGAAUGUGUCCUUAGGACAGACCCUGAAGGCGUUCGGGAAGCUCAACGAGCGACUCGUAGCAAACUACGUCGUGAAGAUCCUGGAGGGUCUGCACUUCCUGCAUCAGAACGACGUCGUGCACUGCGAUUUGAGGGCAGCGAACAUUCUGACGACAAAGAACGGCAAUGUCAAGCUGUCUGACUUUGGGAAUUCGUUGAACGUGAGGGCAAUGGAGCGGGAGAUGAAGCACGUCGCGGCCAUGCCCAACUGGAUGGCGCCCGAAGUCAUCGAGCUUAAGGGCGUUUUAACGAAGUCGGACAUCUGGUCGCUCGCGUGCACCGUCAUCGAGUUGCUGACUGGUAGGCCUCCGUAUGCUGAUAUUUCUAACAUCAUCUCCGUCAUGUUCCGUAUCGUAGAGGACGAACGACCGCCGCUGCCUGAGUGUUCUGAAAGCCUGCAGAGCUUCUUGAAAUGGUGCUUCAAUAGGGAUCCUAUCAAGCGACCAAAUGCUGAACAACUUUUGGAGCAUGACUGGCUCAAGAAGUACGCUGGGGCGGAUUUGGAGAUGCGUGACUCUAACCGGUCGUCCACGGAUGAACACUCGAACCCUCUCGACCUGGCCAGCUCCCCGCCACGGCGAAGGCUAUCGAACGACACAGAGCCAAUUUCACCUCGUGAACAUAGCUUUGUCAAAGUAACAUUCAGCAAAUGUACGUAA